GGUCGGUUCAGAGUGUGAUCAGUUACAGAACUGGUUCCCGCGGCCUCUGCCAUGGUCCUGGAGCUCUACCUGGAUCUGCUGUCGCAGCCCUGUCGCGCCAUUUAUAUCUUCGCCAAGAAGAACGGCAUCCCGUUCCAGAUGCAUACGGUGGACUUGCGCAAGGGUGAGCACCUCAGCGAUGCGUUUGUCCAGGUGAACCCCAUGAGGAUGGUACCAGCCAUGAAGGAUAAUGGCUUCACCUUGACUGAGAGUGUGGCCAUCCUGCUCUACCUGACACACCAAUACAAGGUUCCUGACCACUGGUACCCCCAAGAUCUGCAGGCCCGUGCUCGUGUGGAUGAGUACCUGGCGUGGCAGCAUACAAAGCUUCGAAGAAGCUGCCUCCGGGCCCUGUGGCAUAAGGUGAUGUUUCCCGUUUUCCUUGGUGAGCAAUUGCCUUCGGAGAUGCUGGCAGCCACGCUGGCAGAGUUGGAUGCUAACCUGCGGGUGCUGGAGGACCACUUCCUCCAGGACAAGGCCUUCCUUGUUGGGUCCCACAUCUCCCUGGCCGACUUGGUAGCCAUCACAGAGCUGAUGCAUCCUGUAGGUGGUGGCUGCCCAGUCUUUGAAGGGCAUCCCAGGCUGGCUGCUUGGUACCAUCGAGUGGAGGCAGCAGUGGGGAAGGACCUCUUCCGGGAGGCCCAUGAGGUCAUCCUGAAGGUGAAGGACUCUCCACCUGCUGACCCCAUUCUAAAGCAGAAGCUGAUGCCCAGAGUGCUGGCCAUGAUCCAGUGAGUUUGGAAGCUUCCCGCCUGCACCAGCCAUGGCGAUUCACAAA